GUUGGAUGUGAAAGGCGACGGAGUUGCUGAUGUUAUUGCAGUUGUGUAGGCCGUUUUUCGUAAUGGAUUUAAGUGUGGCGCUGCGGUUUCGUUGUAGAAAGGAGAAAAGAAUUAAAUAAUUCGCAUCUUGUGGAAAUUUGUCGACGCCAAGGGAAAGAUCGUGGAGAAAACAUUCACUUUGCAGGACCGUCAGAGACUUAGCUUGCAUUGUUUGCAAAGCACACUUUCUCGCCUUUCAUUUCUAUUCAGGGGUGGUAUUUUAAAAAUAUUCGCGAGACAUGAGUACUGAGGAAAGAUCCGAUAAUUCUGGUCAUACAGAUGAUAGUGGGUCUGACAGCGAAGAAGAUGUGUCUGGGGAGCAUGUCAUUUCUUCGACGGAGGAAUGUCAACCACCUUACUAUGAGCAUAUUGAAGAGAAUGAGUACUUAUUUGACAGAAAGAAGAAAGUAAACAAGGAAGUACGCAGAAUGCAGUGUGAUUGUACCUUAGAUUCAGAUGAUCCAAGUUCUAGUGGUUGUGGCGAGGACUGCCUCAACAGAUUGUUGAUGAUAGAAUGUAACAGCAGAUGUGCUUGCGGAGAGAUGUGUAGCAACAAACGUUUUCAACAGGGCUGUAAGGUGAAAGUUGAAGUGUUCAAAACAGAGAAGAAAGGCUGGGGAUUAAGGACUCUUGAAGAUCUGGAAUCGAAUCAGUUUGUUAUGGAGUACUGUGGAGAAGUCAUGAACUACAAGGAUUUCCAGGAGAGAGCAGAGCGUUAUGACCGAGAGAACAGAAGACACUACUACUUCAUGACUUUGAGAGCAGACGAGUUAAUUGAUGCCACUUACAAGGGCAACUUGUCUCGGUUUAUCAACCACAGUUGUGACUCAAACUGUGAAACUCAAAAGUGGACUGUCCAUGGCUUGUUGAGAAUUGGAUUUUUUACUCAGAGACCCAUCCCAGCUGGUGCAGAGCUCACGUUUGAUUACAAACUGCAGCGCUAUGGGAAAGUUGCUCAGAUUUGCCAUUGUGAAGCACCAAAUUGUCGUGGAUUUAUUGGAGGAGACAAGCAAACACCUCUGAAGAAUACUGUAGAAAGAAUAGCAACCCCACCUAUCACAAGCUCCCCAAGAAGGAGGCGUAAAAAGCAAACAAGGAACUUGACAAAUGAGUUUGAUGAUAUGACGUUGGAAGAUGAGGUUGAGAAACUUCUGGGGGAGCACAGAGGGUUAGUGCACAGUGACCAGGCCUUGAAGCUGUCAAGGCUGAUGGUACAAGCAGAGACAAUGGAACAGAGGAUAAUGCUGCUGAAAAUCCUUCAGCACACCACAGACCAGUCAUGUUUAAAAGGGUUUCUCAGGUAUCAGGGGCUGUCUUUGCUUUGGAGCUGGAUGGUGGAUGGUGGAGGAAAGAAAACGAAACUUCAAUUAGAGUUGCUAGAAACACUGAAAUGCCUUCCUAUUGCAACAAAGAACCAGCUCGAAGACAGCAAGGUAAUAAAAGUGGUGAGAAAAUGGGCGUCAUCAUUCUGUCCAACUGCCGAAGCGGGGUCCAGCAGUGGACAGGAGUCGCAUGGCAACAGUCCGGCGGAUUCAGAAUGUACGGCAGGAACAGAAGAUAAUGAUGAGGAAAGCCAGCAGCUAUCAAAAUCCAUUGAUGGAGACAAGAAAGCUAUUGGUAUCCCUGUGUCCCUAUUUGAACGGCAAAGCUCUAAUAAGGAUCAAUCAGAUGAUGAAUCUUUGGAUGCAGAAGUGGCCAGUUUUAUUGUUGACAAGACUCUAGACAGCAGGGCCAUGAAGAACAAACUGCUAUCAGAGAACUUUGAGAAGUCUCCCGAUGACCUUUCAGAAGAUGACCUCAAGUUUGAGGACGAGCGAUUGCCCGAAAUCGGCAUCGGGCUGAUGGCGAAUGAGCUGCUGAAAACAUGGAGUUUGCUGAAGGAAGUUUACAGAAUACCGAAGAAAACUGCAACUCCAGCCAAGCAAGACCGUGUUACUGAGUUGUUAGUCGCAGCCAGCCCAGCAGGAAGUGGUGACGGUGAUCAUGCCAGGACUCCUAUUGAGAAUAUCGGUUCUCCAGGAAAAUUAGAUGCCAUCAUGAAGAGUUUGCAGGACUCCCCCAAACCCCUGUAUCCUUCUGAAUCCAGAACUCCGCCCGUUUCUCAAGGAUUUUCUACCUUUAGUGAAGACACUGAAAUGCUGCAAGACUCUUCUAGUGCUACCCCUCCGUCCAAAACUGGCGACUUCAGUGCUUUGGAAUUCGGAGAAGACGUGGAUACUCAAGGGGAUUCAACUCCUGAUAAAGGAGAAGGAGCUCAACCAAGUUCACAGGUGUCGGAUUCUGUUGAAGUUCCUCAUAAACAAGAUUCGAAAUCACAGAACACGAUGCAAACUUUCGGUUAUCAACAGCGCAUGAGCGUCGGUGUGGAGCAUGGGCUGGGCGCUUACAAACAUAAACCCAGCAAAAAGAAAAAGAAGAAAUGGAAUCAACUGCAUAACGUUUUUCAGCAAAAAGGGAGAAAUCCUCAAGGAUCGGUAGAUAAAAACGGAGGGAAUUUUAACAUGAAUCCUCAAACAAACUUAAGACCGCAGCAAGCUGCGGCAACCCAGUGGAGAGGUCAGUCGCAAAACCCACCCGCAAAUUUCCAAGUUGGAAACCAAUUCUUCUGCAGCAGCGGACCAACAGUUGGGCAAGAUCAAGGACCAAGGCCACAAAAUAUAGUUUCAGGAAAUUUUUUGGGAAAUUUCUCUCAACAGCCUCCACCAUUACCAAACUUCAAUGUUCCUCCACCAAAUAUGUCACCUAUGGAAUUUUUUCGCAAAGUUCCACCACCUAAUCUCCGUCAGCAGACUCACCCAAUGAUUCCUCAGCAGCUACAGCCAAGUCCUCUUAUAGCACCACCUCAGCCAGUACCUCCGCCACCCCUUCAAAAUAAUCAAUCGCAGUUCUUUCCACCCAGUCAACCAACCCCUCCCUACUCUCGGCUUCCACCCCCGCCACCUUUCCAAGCCAAUGUAACGACUCCACCACCAACACAGUUUUCACACUCCAACCCUAACCCUAUUCAACAGCAGUUUCCUCAGAGCAUGCAGGCUGGUUUCCCACCACAGCAGAAUCAGUUCCAGUUCAAUACACCCCCGCCAAACCUCGGCAUCACGGCUGCGCAACAGGGGAAUUCGGUUGGAAUUGUUACAGGUUCUCUUCAGCGGCAGAGUGGUCCAAUGGAAAGUGUGUCGCACCCCGAAGUAGGGUCGCUCUCUGUUCAAACUGGAGCCGUGACAACAUCGAUGUCAGAGACCUUUGAAAGCAGAGAGGGCUUUCCUUCAGAUUCAGAGCCUUGCACACCAUCACCUGUGAAACACAAACCACCAGACCAUUUCCCUCCGCAUUGGAAAUCAGCCACCGAUAGCCAAGGCAAAGUCUACUACUAUCAAGCCCUGACAAG